AUGUUGAUGCAAAAUAUUAUGUAUCCGUUCACUCGAGAUGCCCACAGCAUUAGUAAUUUCACGCACUUUGAUUCUUCUAUCAUCCAUUACCAUAUCAUGGAUUUUAUCAAUGAUUUCUGGAGUAAUAACCUCAACAGAGCGUCUAGAACGUUCAGCGUCACUUGUGCUCAUAUGAUCACUCCGAAACAUUUGAAACCAUUUAUAAACUAUUCUAAUCGUAGAAAUCACUCGACUUCCUCGAUUCAGACGAACGCUAAAUACAAAGAAAUAGAUCAAUCUGGCUGA